AUGCAACGUACUAACAGAUUGGAGGCACUUGUUCUGGCACCACUUACACGAGCAUCCGUUUUCAUCUGGUUCAAAUUUGGUCAAGGUCAUGGUCGUGUCAUGCAGGGCCCUUUUUCAUGUUUCGUUUUUUAUGCGUUACAUGAAAUAAACUUGUUAGAAAAAAUAUUUGGCCCGGCCAAAUAUCCGGUCAAAAUUGAGGUUUAUUCGUCUUCGACCAUUUUUAAAGACCAGAGAGCCCUAUUUUUUCAAUUUCGUAUUGGAAGUUUGAAAUCAUUAUAUUGGAAGAAGAGCCGACAAAUGAACAUGGAGCGAGGAGAAAGCACUGGAGAACCACCUGUGAAGAAAUGCCGCGGAUUCCCUGUAGCCCACAAUCAGCUGUUUGAUGGUCGUCACUUCAUCCGCGGUCAGUCUGAUCCGGAUAGGGGUGGAGUAGAGAGGGAGAUGGGGAGGAGGUGGAUGGUGGGGAUGAGAAGGAAGAGGAGUGGGAGGUAG